CAGGCGCAGUCCGUUAGCGCCCCGAGCCGCGCACUCACGGUAACGGUAAGAUGGUGUCUUUGGUACCUUUUGUGGUUCCCAUCGUGGGUGACAAAACCUUGCUGGUGUGGGAGCUGAGCUCUGGACCCACGGCCGAGGCCUUGCAACAUUCUCUGUUCACAGUCUUCUCCCAGUUUGGCCUUCAGUAUUCGGUCCGAGUCUUCCCAAAUGCAGCAGUGGCCGGUCCUGGGUUCUAUGCCAUCAUCAAAGUUUAUUCAGCAAGGGAUGCCCACAGAGCCCAAAAGGCAUGCGACCAGAAGCAGCUUUUUCAGACAUCUCCAGUGAAGAUACAUCAGAAAUAUAUCUACACGUGGAACUGCUCCUAUAGAACACCCACGCUGGCAGAAGACCUCAGACCUCCCAAAAGGCAAGAUACUCCCCACGUACCUGGGUAGGGCAAAAGAAAAAAGAAAUAACAGAGACGAAAGAAUAGGGACGGGAGCUGCAUCAGUGGGAGGGAGCUGUGAAGGAGGAAAGGUUUCCACACACUGGGAAGCCCCUUCGCAGGCGGAGACUGUGGGUGGCGGAGGGGGGAAGCUUCGGAGCCACGGAGGAGAGCGUAGCCACAGGGGUGCGGAGGGCAAAGCGGAGAGAUUCCUGCACAGAGGAUCGGCGCCGACCAGCACUCACCAGCCCGAGAGGCUUGUCUGCUCACCCGCCGGGGUGGGCGGGGCUGGGAGCUGAGGCUCCGGCUUCGGAGGUCGGAUCGCAGGGAGAGGACUGGGGUUGGCGGCGUGAACACAGCCUGAAGGGGUUAGUGCACCACGGCUAGCCGGGAGGGAGUCCGGGAAAAGGUCUGGAGCUGCCGAACAGGCAAAAGACUUUUUCUUGCCUCUUUGUUUCCUGGUGCGUGAGGAGAGAGGAUUAGGAGCGCCGCUUUAAGGAGCUCCACAGAUGGGCGCGAGCUGCGGCUAUCAGCGCGGACCCCAGAGACGGGCAUGGGACGCUAAGGCUGCCGCUGCAGCCACCAAGAAGCCUGUGUGCAAGCACAGGUCACUCUCCACACCUCCCCUCCCGGGAGCCUGUGCAGCCCGCCACUGCCAGCCCGCCCAAUCAUUGUCUAAAGAUUGAAAUAAACUCUUGUGUAAAUGUUCAGUCCUUUGCCUCCUACAGAAGGGCCUGAGCGGAAAAAGUAAAUGUAGAUCCCUAGAAAGGGGAUUCCCACUGGUACUUGAGUUUUUUCCUAGAAUCCAUGGCACUUGGGCUUAGGGUUUUAAGUCAGAGGCAGGGCUGUUCGCGAAUGGAGUGGAGGAGGCUCUACCAUCCACCUGAGUGGGUGAUGGUUGAGGAGAGGCCAGAUCAUCUGCACUACCACCAAGUCUAUCUCACUGUAUGAAUCCAGCCCUUUACGCACAGGAGAGCAGGGUCUGUAGCAGUGUAGCCUCAGCUUGUCCAUUUGAAAUCUGUGAGUAACAUGAGAUUUGUGCCGCGUUCUUGGUUUGCAUUUCCCAUCGAGUAUUUUAGGAACUUCCAGAACAGAUCUGAGCAGUAAAAGUGUGCCAUGCCAGGGUACACCUACAACAGAGACAUUCAGCUGUACCCCAGUGUUGUGCCUGCCCUUAAUCACCAAGAUAAUGAUCUAAG